AUGCCAUUCAAACCACCUGAGGUAGUAAAAUGUCCAAAAUGUAAUCAAAGUGUCUAUGCCGCUGAAGAAGUUCCAGCCGCUGGAAAGAAAUGGCACAAAAUGUGCUUCAAAUGUGGUCUUUGUAAAAAGAUGCUAGAAGCAAUGACCGUGGCUGAACAUGAAGGCAAUGUAUAUUGCAAACAGUGUUACGGACGUAAAUUUGGACCAAAGGGUUAUGGUUUCGGUCAAGGUGCAGGUACCUUAGGUAUGGAUACUGGUGAACACUUAGGAAACAAAAGUGGUUCUGAGAUGACCAAUAAGCCAAACUAUGCUCCACCACCCGGUGCUGGUGCUCAUCACGACGAAUAA